GGAAACGCCGCGCGGUGGCCGCUGGGAAAUUUCACCCUACAUCCAGGAAGAAGAAAAGGCAGAGUGACUCUGCGCGGACACCGCUCGCACACACGCACUCCCACGGCGAAGCUGACAGUGACAUAAAGGAGCAAAUCACUGCUUGACCAGUUUAGCAGGUAUGGCAGAGUUGGGGAGUCUGGUGCACCGGCUGGAGCUGGCAGUGGGCCGCCUGGAGGCCAUGUCCAUGUCUGGAGGCAGCACUGGAGGUUCUGCUGGGGGAGCUGUGUCUGUGUACGUUGACGCCUAUGACAAGAUAAUCAGUGGUCCUGUGGCUGAGUACAUCACCCUCAGCCAGAAGAUCGGAGGCGAUGUCCAGAAACAUGCAGAUAUGAUGAAGCAGGCAUUCAACAACCAGAGAAAACUCCUCGUAACAGCAUCCUCCUCCCAGAAACCCUCUGAUGCAGUCCUGACGACUCUCCUGCAGCCCGUGUCCAAAUCGAUCCAGGAGGUGCAGACGUUCCGUGAGCAGAACCGCACCUCGCCGUUCUUCAACCACCUCUCUGCCGUCAGCGAGAGUGUGCCUGCUCUCGGAUGGGUGGCCAUGGCUCCAAAACCAUGCCCCUAUGUUAAAGAGAUGCAGGAUGCUGCCAUGUUCUACACCAACCGCGUACUCAAGGAUUACAAGGAGAAGGACAAGACUCACGUGGACUGGGUGAAGGCCUACGUCAACAUCUGGACUGAGAUGCAGAACUAUAUCAAAGAACAUCACACCACUGGCCUGACCUGGAGCAAGACUGGAGCCAUAGCCUCAGCCUCUGCAGCUGCCCCCAGUCCUCCUGCAGGUGGGUGUCCUCCCCCACCUCCCCCUGGACCACCUCCACCACCCAUGGAUGUGAGCGCACCCUCAAGUGGCGGCGGCGAUUCUGGUGAAGAUCGGAAUGCUUUAUUUGCCUCCAUCAACAAGGGAUCAGACAUCACAAAGGGCCUGAAGCAUGUGAGCGACGACCAGAAGACCCACAAGAAUCCUAAUCUGAGAGGUCAGUCUGGUCCGGUGCGUACAGGACCCAAACCCUUCUCGUCCUCUCCCCGACCUGCUGCCUCUGCCGCUCCCACCCGCACACUGCCACCCGUUCUGGAGCUGGAGGGAAAGAAGUGGAAAGUGGAGAAUCAUGAAGGAGCACAGGACCUGGUGAUCAGCGACACGGAGCUGAAGCAAGUGGUUUAUGCUUUCAAGUGCAACAAAAGCACACUGCAGGUCAAGGGCAAAAUCAACUCCAUCACUUUAGACAACUGUAAAAAAUCAGGUCUGGUGUUUGACGACGUCGUGGGCAUCGUGGAGGUCAUCAACUGCAAGGAUGUCAAGAUCCAGGUCCUGGGUAAGGUCCCCACCAUCUCCAUCAACAAGACGGACGGCUGCCAUGUUUACCUGAGCAAAGACUCUUUGGCGUGUGAGAUCAUCAGCGCCAAGAGCUCAGAGAUGAACAUCCUGGUACCCAACAAAAACGGAGAGUUUACGGAGCUUCCUGUUCCCGAGCAGUUCAAGACCGUCUGGGACGGCCAUAAGCUCGUUACCACAGCAACAGAGAUUGCUGGUUAAAAUGCGGCAGCACAUCAAACGGCCUCCUUCACCACCACCCCUCUUUUUUUUUUUUUUUUUCUCCCGUCAGACGCCCACCUGACUGACCAACCAGCCCACCAGCUAACUCUCACUGUAAACUGAAAUUUGGACCACACGCGUUUUAUUCCCUUCACGCUGUCCUCCUCAGCCAAUCACAGCUAAAGCUGUCCCUUCCAUAAGCCAAUGAGAGGACUGCUUGCUUGACCUGGAGCAAGUCCUUCAGCCAAUCAGCAGGGAGCAGCGGCUCUUUCAAAUUGGUUUUUCCCUUUUGAGCACUUAAGCAUAAGUUUUGCCAAUAGCUCAGAUGCUCUGUUUUUUAUCUGGUUAAGGCUAAGCUGAAUUUAAACUGUAGAAUAGCCAACAUAGGGACUGGAGUUCCUCUGCACGAAACACACUGCAGCCAAUCAGGCGCUCCGCUCAAGAUGCUUCAGGUUAUAUUACUCUUCUCUUUUUAAGUUGUAGCCUGGUAGGUUUCUGUUUCAUUAUAUGCAAUUCACUGGUGAAGCGCUUGUCAUAAAGGCCCAAUUAUAGAGGAUGAUGACAUCUAUAUUACAUCCACUGACUGUGCUCAGCAUGAACUAUUCAUGGUGAAAGCCCAUAUUAAGAGUUGUCACUGUAAGAACCUCCACUGUCUUCACAUCAAGGAACGAUUCAUCUAGUGAAAACUGUAAAAUUAUAAUUCCACGUUUUCUCUUAAUCCCACACAUUAAACAUUCCAAAUAAGCAGACCUGUAAGGAUGAGUGCUACAGAGCAGAGACACACAGAUGAAUGUUGUUGCUGAACGCUUUACCUCCACCUCUGAUAUAAACAUCUGCUGUAGACUUGGGGAACACAUGGUCUUAAAUAUCAGCCCUCACCAUCUACACAUCUGUGGCUCUUGGCUGAAUUUUCUUUUCUCAUCUCUUUUACCUCGUUACUUUUUUUUUGGGGUCCAACAUCAGAUUUCUUGUUCAUUAGUACUGGAGACAUCAUUAAAGAGAUUGCAAUAAAAUGAG